AUGGGCCCCUGUACCGCCUCCUCUUGCUGCUGCCAGGCCCGUAAUCUGCCAUGGGACCCCGUACCGACUCCUCAUGCUGCUGCCAGGCCCGUAAUCUGUCAUGGGCCCCUGUACCGCCUCCUCAUGCUGCUGCCAGGUCCAGAGUGUGUCAUGGGUCCCUGUACGGCCUCCCAUUGCUGCUGUCUCCAUCGCCACACUCUGCCAUGUGCCACUUUCAGGUCUCCUCACACUGCUGGUGGGUUCCAUUUUGUCAUAGGGUGCUGUAUGGCCUCCCAUUGCUGCUGCCUCCACCGCCACACUGUGGCUCCACACUCUGGUUUUGGCCCCGUGACUGCCCAAAUGAGUGAAGUGUGCGGUGAUUCUAAGAUCGACGGCACUCAUCUGCAUGUCAUACUGACUGACAGUAUUAUUUCUCUUCCCCAGCAGACUCCAAGGGCAUUUAAAUUAAAGGUACAGUGUUCUGCACUAAUAUAA